AUGUUAUCUAGGAAGACCUCGCCUAACGCAGAGAAGUCUACAUCAGUGCAGAGGAUUUCUGUGUUAGAAGAAUUGGAGCAGUUGGACGAAGCGAAUGGCUUAUCCGUUAAUGAUCAAUUCGAUGAGGCAGUGUUGGACUUCGUAGAGCGAUGGCAAAAACUUGUGGAGGAAUAUGGCUACCAAGAGAUCAUGAAGGUGGAGUUCUUCAAGGCGAGCCAUCCUUACCCCGAGCCUGCCUUCCCGAUCAAGAUAAUGGACGAAGAGACCUACAUGACGAGACAUUACUCAUCUGUGGCUACGUGGAGCAGGAAGCAGAAAAGACCGACGAUAUUUCAUGUUAUCGAAAUAACAGAUGAGAAGGUUAUUGGAGGUAUCAAUAUAUCAGGUCCAUUCAACGAAUAUCCACUAUUUCAAGCUUUUGUUGACAUCUGCAUCAACACCCGAACUUUGUCGGUGAUAAGGUUAAUUGGUUGUUGGUUAAAGAAAGAAGGUGUUAUGAUGCUCGCCGAAUGUUUGCCAAGGACCAGAGUGACACAUUUGUACUUGGACAGGAAUCCACUACCAGAUGAAGACUAUUCAUCCAUAUUGAAAAACAACACAACAUUAGUGCACCUGUCUUUAGCAAUGUGUAAGAUUGGUUUCAGAGGACUGCGUGCGCUAUCUAGGGUGCUUGGGCCUUAUGAAGGAUUACAGCCUACCCAACGCUUGAAGUCAUUGGUCCUCGAUGAUAAUAACAUUACCAGUUUGGCUGUCCAACCUUUCGCAGAGUGUUUAAGGUGGAAUACAGAUUUGGUGUUUUUAUCGUUGGCUGGCAACUUGAUUGGGGAUCAAGGAUUAGAGUUUUUGAGUAACAGCUUUUAUGCAAAAGAGAUGUCCCAAAGAGAAAUAGACAUGAUGAAUUGCCGGCAAAUAGAGAGGCUUACAGAAUUGGAGGAUAUAGUCAACGAAGAACUUCAUCUCCCAAUUGUGGAAAUUCCAAAUCAAGAAAUAGACAUUUUUGAAGAGGAAGAAGAAUGUUUAACGAAUCUCUUUGGACCAGUCAAUUUCAAGACAGAGAUAGAUCCUAUCCGGAUGCGCGUUCUUCAGCAAACUUGUGACGAGUUUUUAGAAAUGGAUCCAAACCCGAUUGUAGCGAAUGUCACAAUAUGUAACGGGAAACUAAUUGGUGCUGGCAAUUACACAGUAAACGUGUUGAAUAUCAGCUAUAACAGAAUCAGAGAAAGGGGUUUCAUAUGUUUACUGAGGGCGCUGAGAGAGCAGUAUCUUGCACAGACCUCAAGAAGUUCCCCUAAGAGGCCUUACAACUUGAGGAUAAUUGAGUAUAUGGGAAAUCCAUGCCCAGAAGACAGUUUAGUUUUUCGGAAAAUUGAAUACUAUCUCAAACAAAGUAAUAAAGUAGAAAUUGAUAAAACUCCUCAACUAUGUUCUUGCAUGCCACUGAUCACUUCAAAUAUAGACCCUGAUACACUUCUCCUUUAUGACGAGAUGGUUGAGCAAUUUAAACCAACGGAAGAAGAAUCAGAAGAGACUGAGAGAAGUAUUUCAGAAUGGGAAUGUUGCAAUGAAUUCGCAGAAAUUGAAUAUGAAUCUUCCGGAGAAGAGAAAAUGGAAGAAAGUUCUGAUGAAGUAAUCAUUCAAAAAAGUAGUUCAGAUAGGGAAAUCACGGAAGAAGAAACCUCCGACGAGUGCAAAGAUAGUAGUAGUAGUAGUAGUAGUAGUAGCAGCUCAAGUGAUCUUGAGGAUUGA